AUGUUCAUUUCUACUGCCACCUUCUUCGGCUUGCCGUAUCUGGCCACGAGAUUCGGCAUCACCGCCGAAGGGGAGUUUGUCUUUUGGACUGACACCGUGGGCUUGGCGGCUUUUGCGGUGCUCGGAGCCCGUGUAGCCGCCUGCUUGCCCGACCACCAUGUCCACGCAGGCGCCUGCGCCCUCUGCGGCUUAAGCACGGCUUGCUUCGGCGGCCUUGUGAGGGACAUCCUGUGCCAGAAGCCACCCAGGAUCCUCUACGCGGAGCACGAGAUGUAUGCCACCCCCGCCUUGCUCGGGGCCUUGGUCUGCGUCGGGCUCAUGCGAAGUGGAGCCGAGACGCCUUUGGAUGUCGAGGGCAUGCUCUUGGGCGCAUGGGUGGUCAUUGCACUGCGAGUGCUCGCCCUGAACCACGGAGUUCGCUUGCCGGCUUUCCCGUCAGAAGUCGCUGCCAAAACCGUGCAGUGCUUGGGUGACUCGGAUCUGGACUCUGCGCAGGGACUUCUCAGGUCAUCAUCCUGA